CUUCAGACCUGCGCUGCUUGCAGACUUUGCUGCCGUGCGCAAAUCCUUUUUUCACCUGCGGGACCGUGCAGAUUCCAGAUUGUCUUCUACAACCACCCCUUCCUGACCGCUGCUCGGUUCAGCAAUCAUGGAUGUCAACCAAGUUCUAGAGAACACCUUUUCUCCAGAUGCGGCGACUCGAGGGAAUGCUGAAGAACAACUCAGACAAGCCAGCGAGGGCAACUUCUCUGAGUACCUUUCCAUCCUAUCCCGACAGCUCGCAAACGACGAAGCCAGCGCAUCAGUCCGUCAGGCCGCCGGUCUUGCUCUCAAAAAUGCGUUUUCAUACCGUGAUGUCACCCGAUUAAGAGAAGUCCAGGCGAGAUGGCUACAGGGAGUCGAUCCUCAGAUCAAGAUCCAGGUCAAAGAGCUCGCCCUCAAGACGCUAAAUGCCACACCUCAAGCUGCACUUUCUUCAUCUCAGCUCAUUGCGGCCAUUGCUGCCAUCGAACUCCCUCGCAAUGAGUGGCCUGAUCUUAUGCCUGCCCUGGUUCAUAAUGUCGGUUCUGGCGAAGACAAACUCAAGCAAUCCAGUCUCACUACUAUCGGCUUCAUCUGCGAAUCUGAUGACCUCGAACUCCGCGAAUCCCUGGUCUCAUAUUCAAAUGCCAUCCUCACUGCUGUGGUUCAGGGCGCGAGAAAAGAGGAGGCCAACCAAGACGUUCGUCUGUCAGCUCUAUCUGCGCUCAGCGAUGCAACCGAGUUCAUCCGCAGCAAUUUCGAGAAUGAGGGCGAACGGAACUAUAUCAUGCAGGUCGUGUGCGAGGCCACCCAGUCACAAGACACCAGAGUGCAAGCCGCGGCUUUUGGAUGUCUCAAUCGUAUCAUGGGCAUUUACUACGACAAAAUGAGGUUCUAUAUGGAGAAGGCCUUGUUCGGCUUGACAAUCGCAGGCAUGAAAAACGACGAAGAGGAUGUCGCAAAGUUGGCCAUCGAGUUCUGGUGUACAGUCUGCGAAGAGGAAAUCAGCAUUGAAGACGAUAACCAACAAGCUCAACAAGAAGGUUCGACCGAGCUGCGACCAUACUUCCACUUUGCAAGAGUUGCGGCUCGCGAGGUCGUCCCAGUCCUGCUUCAAUUGAUGACGAAGGUUUCUGAGGAUGAUGCUGAAGAUGAAUACAAUGUGGCUCGCGCUGCCUAUCAAUGUCUGCAACUCUACGCACAGACAAUCGGCGGUGAUCUGGUGCCUGCAGUGCUACAAUUUGUUGAAACAAACCUCCGCAGCGAGGACUGGACGAAGCGAGAUGCUGCCGUGUCUUCGUUCGGCGCAAUCAUGGAUGGUCCGGAUAUCAAGACCUUGGACCCUCUUGUCAAGCAGGCACUUCCAGUCUUGAUCGGAAUGAUGCAGGAUCCUGUCGUCCAGGUCCAAGACUCUGCGGCUUUUGCUCUGAGCAGAAUCUGUGACUACUGCUCAGACUGCAUUGAUCCGUCCACACAUCUCCAGCCUCUCAUGUCCGCCCUCUUCAACGGUCUGAUGGCCAACCCAAAAAUUGCUGCGUCCUGCUGCCUGGCUCUACUGAAUUUGACCGAACGAUUUGUGGGUGAGGACGGUGCAUCUGCCAACGCUUUGACGCCGCACUUCCAGGACAGUGUCACGUCCCUUCUUGCAGUCACCGAGAAAGACGGCGCCAAUAACCAGCUACGCACGGCCGCUUAUGAAGUCCUCGGCGGUUUUGUGACCAAUGCCGCUCAUGACAGCCUGCAGAUUGUGGCUGAACUGUCAAAUGUCAUCAUUCAACGUCUAGAGGGCACCAUUCCCAUGCAGAAGCAGAUCGUCAGCAUUGACGACAAAAUUACGCUGGAAGAGUUGCAAGUCAGCCUUAGCAGUGUCUUGCUUGCUAUUGUUCAGAGACUUGAACAAAACAUCGCUCCUCAGGCCGACCGAAUUAUGCAAAUCAGCCUGGAAAUACUCAACGUCACCGGCAAUACAAGUGUUCCUGAGGUUGUCUUCCAGAUUGUGAGCGGACUGGCAAAUGCUUUGGCGGGAGACUUCUUGAAGUACAUGGACUCUUUCGUCCCCUAUCUCUACACUGCUCUGGGCAACCAAGAGGCCCCAGAUAUGUGCUCCCUUGCUAUUGGCCUGGUUAGCGACAUUGUCCGCGCAUUGGAGGAUAAGGCUCAGCCAUACUGCGACACUUUCAUGAACUACCUUCUCAACAACCUUAGGUCCGACAAACUCGCCAACCAGCUCAAGCCACCCAUACUCGAAACCUUUGGCGACGUGGCAACGAGCAUCGGUGAACAUUUUCAAACCUAUGUUACAGUGGUGGCUCAGGUUCUUCAACAAGCCAACACUGUGUCAGUGGCCAAUGAUGUCUCCUUUGAUAUGCUCGACUACAUUGUGUCGCUUCGGUCGGGCAUCGCUGAUGCCUGGUCUGGUCUGAUCCUGGCCUUCAAGGGCACUUCGAAGGUGCAAAUUUUGCAAGGUUAUGUCGACCCCAUUUUCGAAUUCCUGAAAACUGUGGCUCAGGACAUGAACCGUAAUGAAGGUCUUCUGAGAGCUUGCAUGGGUAUCAUUGCCGACUUGAGCGAAGCUUUCCCUGAUGGUUCCCUGGCGAACUACUACCGCCAAGAAUGGAUCACGAAAUUGAUCAAGGAGACUAGGUCGAGCCGCGAAUUUUCAUCCCGCACCAUCAAUGCAGCACGUUGGGCAAGAGAACAAGUCAAGCGGCAGACUCAACAUCAAGGUACCGUCAUGACUUGAUGUCGAGUAUCUUUAGUCCCAAAUAUGGCCACCCUCUCCCCUGGCACCAUCACCGCCGCCCUAUGAUACUCCUUGCCCAACACCAGCCCGGAGCACAGCCCAGAAGC